CUUGGGAAAAUUAUAAUUUGAAAUUAUAAAUGAGCUCUACAUCUUCAGACAUUUGAUCGACUUGAGAAUACUGAUGUAUUGGGGGUAACCAAUGAGGCACCAAAGGAGAAUGAGACCAGGUCAACGUCCUCUACCUAGUGCUUCUGAUUGUUAUAAUCGUCCUACUCUUAGCAAUCUUAAUUGCUUGGUGAUGAGUCAUUCAAAGGAAAAACUCAAAUCAAAAGCAUGUCAUGUUGAACAGAAUUUUAGAAUUUGAGAAGAAGACUCUUAAGGAUAAAGUACAUAUGGGAAUAUCUAUAGGUAAGCCAUUUAUAGACCCCAAUGGGAUCAAACAAAGAUACGCCACUAUCAAUGCUAAAAUUAAUGAUGAUCUGCAUGAAAAUUUUGAUUAUAAAUAUGCUAAAUACAUGAUUAAUCCAGGUGUUUACCCCUUGAAGCCAGUCAAGAAAAUAUAUGCUGAUAUUCACAAGAAAAUACUCAAUGAUAUUGAAGAGGAUGGGCCUAAAAAAGCCCCUGGACAAAUAAUGAGGAUCAAUGAUUACAGAGAUGGAAUUUCUAAUCUUCUCUUUGAUUCAGAAACUAAUGAUCAUUCCUUAAUGACCAAUGGAAUGGGGCAGUAUGAUAAUAACCACACUCACAGGCUCCUAAAUGAAGACGAUGGCACUCCUAAAAAAUUACUCAAGAAAACUGGAAGAAAAUUUCAAAACUUCGAGACCCAAAUGAUGAAAAAUAUGCUCAAGGAGCUGUGAUCACCUUCCAAAAGGAACAAGAGGAUGAUGAACAAUAUGAAAAACUCCCUGAAAUCUCACGAGAUGAAGAAGAGGAUGCUCAGAUUGAUGCGUAUGACAAAGAAGAUCGCUCUGAACUUCAAGAAACUCAGAAUAAAAAGAGAAUGGAUGCUCUACAUUCAGCAGAAAAGAAAAAGAGAGUCAAAUCUGGUAAGAGUCGGAGAAGAAAGAAGGUUAAAAAGUAAUCUCUUUGCACUAAAUUUAAUAAAGUUUUCAAUAGCUUAG